AUGGGUAGGCUCGGAAUUGCAAGGGAAACAAUCUGUCCUGAAGAGUCGUCGCCAAAAAAUGGCCGGAAGGUGGCCCACGCAACGUUGGAACUUCGCCGGAAAAUUUUCUUUGGACAGCUACAGUAUCGCCAGAGAUUUUCACUGGGAUUUGGUCGCCGGACAGUGACUACUCUUGUGCUAGAAUUUUGUUCAUUCAAUGUUGAUGAUGAAGACUACAUGGGUUAUGAUUACAGCAUUAUAGGCCAGCUGUCUGAAGUGCGGAUUGUUUAUUUGAAUCGCUUUAUCCAAGAGAUUGUCAGUUACUUCAUGGGUCUUGUUCCAAACAGUUCUAAUGAUGUUGUCAGAAUAAACGAUCAAGUUACAAACUCGGAGAAGUGGUUUACAAGAAGUGAGGUUGAAGGAUCGCCUGCUUUAAAGCUGGAUCUUUCUCUAAGAAAGCCUAUAAUUUUAAUGCCUCGAAGGACUGAUAGCCUUGAUUAUUUGAAGCUCGAUGUUGUUCAUAUCACUGUCCAAAACAGGUUUCAGUGGUUUUGUGGUAGCAAAAGUGAAAUGAAUGCCGUACACAUGGAAAUAUUAACAAUCUCUGUCAAGGACAUCAAUUUAAAUGUGGGUGCUGGCUCAGAAUUGGGUGAAAGUAUAGUCCAAGAUGUCAAUGGAAUUUCAAUUGUUAUACAGCGAUCGCUGAGGGACCUAUUGCAUCAAAUCCCUAGCAUCGAAGUUGCUAUCAAGGUUGAAGAAUUAAAAGCUGCUCUAUCAAGCAGGGAGUAUGAGAUAAUUGCAGAAUGUGCGCAGGAAAAUCUUUCAGAGACUCCUAAUGUUGUGCCUCCUCUAAUAGAUGACGCCUCAUCAUCUUCAGCUGUCAAGACACAACAUUUAUCAGUGAGAAAUUCUGAUGCUGUUAAAUCUGAAGCUGAAGAUAAAGAUAAGUGGAUUGUAACCAAGGUCUCUAUUGCUAUUGAUCUGGUUGAGCUUGGUCUUCACUAUGGAUUGACAAGGGAUGCAUCGCUUGCCACGAUGCAGGUAAGUGGUCUGUGGCUUCUCUACAAAUCCAAUACAGCAGGAGAAGGCUUUCUGUCUUCGACACUCGAAGAUUUCACUGUGAUGGAUAAUCGUGAAGGUAUAGAACAGGAACUCAGGUUGGCAAUUCGGAAGCCUGAAACAAUUUGGUACAAUCCUUCACAGUCAGUGACUGAUGCUGGUGAAUAUGCUGGCAUGGCCUUCAGUACAAGUAGUGACAAGGACAUGAAACUCGUACCUUCAAUGGUUAUUCUUGAUGCAAGAUUCUAUGAAAAUUUGACAUCUUUUUCUCUCUUCAUUCAAAGGCCACAACUGCUAGUUGCACUUGAUUUUCUGCUUGCUGUUGUUGAGUUCUUUGUACCAAAUGUUCGAAGUAUGCUGGCAAACGAUGACCAUGGAAGUUCUGCUAAUGCUGUAGAUGCUGUUAUUCUUAAUGACUCAGUUUACAAUCAGCCUUCUGCUGAACUCUCACUUUCUCCUCAGAAACCUUUGGUUGCCGAUGAUGAAAGUUAUGACUUUUUCACAUAUGAUGGCAGAGGUGGAACUUUGUUUUUGCAAGAUAGGAGAGGACAAAAUCUCUCUUCUCCGAGUGAAGAGGCUGUAAUUUAUGUUGGAAGUGGAAAGAAGUUGCAAUUUAAGAAUGUUAAGAUCAAGAAUGGAAAAUAUUUGGAUUCAUGCGUUUUACUUGGAUCCAAUAGCAGCUAUUCUGCUUCAGAGGAUGAUGGAGUCUUCUUUGAUGAAGCUUCAUGUGAAGGACCAUCAGAAGAUGAUUCUGGAGUGACCGUAGAUGCUGUGCCAUCUCAGAAUACUAAUGUCAGCAGAUCUGCAGAGUUUAUAUUUGAGCUGAAGGCUAUUGGUCCAGAGCUUACCUUCUAUAAUACAUCAAGAAGUGUGGGAGAGUCUGCUUCCCUUUCGAACAAAUUAUUGCACACGCAGUUGGACGCCUUCUGCAGGAUUGUUUUAAAAGGCGAUACCUUUGAUGUGAAUGCAAAUGUUCUUGGAUUAACUAUGGAGAGCAAUGGAGUUAGAAUAGUGGAACCUUUUGAUACCUCUGUGAAGUUCUCUAAUGCUUCCGGAAAGUCAAAUAUACAGUUGGCUGUCUCCGAUAUUUUUAUGAACUUUUCAUUCAGCAUCUUAAGACUGUUUUUGGAAGUUGAGGACGAUAUUUUGGCAUUUUUGAGGACCACAUCAAAGAAAAUGACGGUGGUGUGCUCCGAGUUUGACAAAAUUGGGACAAUCAAAAGUCCGUCUAACCAGAUAUAUGCUUUCUGGAGAGCUCGUGCUCCGCCUGGUUAUGCAACAGUUGGUGACUAUCUGACACCAACCGACAAGCCACCCACAAAAGGAAUCAUCGCUGUGAAUACCAGCUUUGUCAGAGUAAAGAGGCCAGAGUCUUUCUUGCUUAUUUGGCCCUCAUCCUCAUACAAGGAUGGUGAAUUGUGUACAACCACGUGUUUAUCUGAAGAAGAUAGCACCUGUUCCAUUUGGUUCCCUAAAGCACCUAAAGGUUAUGUUGCAGUGGGCUGUGUAGUCUCUCCUGGAAGGAUGCAACCUCCAAUAUCGUCAGCCUGGUGCAUCUUAGCCUCUUUAGUUUCACCAUGUGAUCUGAGAGAUUGUGUUAAUAUUGACAUUAUGAGUAGAUCUUCCAACUUGGCAUUCUGGCGCGUGGAUAAUUCCAUUGGUACCUUCCUGCCUUCAGAUCCAACUACUUUGGAGUUGUGUGGCAGAGCAUAUGAUCUUCGGCAUAUUUUCUUUGGGCUUCCCAGAGAUUUCUCUGAAACAUCAAAGAGCUCAGAAACUAGGGCUUCCUCUAGUCGAAAUCAUGCAGUUCAAUCAGAGAGGUCAUCCACUGUAAACUCUGGUCGCAGGUCUGAAGCCAUUGCAACAUUUAGGUUAGUUUGGUGGAAUCAAGGUUCUGGAUCUAGAAAGAAAUUAUCUAUAUGGCGCCCUAUUAUUCCUCAAGGGAAGGUAUAUUUUGGUGAUAUUGCAGUUCAAGGGUAUGAGCCUCCAAAUACUUGUAUCGUACUUCAUGAUUGUGAUGAGCUUUACCAAGCCCCUUCAGAUUUUAAGCUUGUGGGACAGAUGAAGAAACAUAGAUCAGUUGAUAGUAUAUCUUUUUGGAUGCCUCAGCCUCCUCCAGGCUUUGUGUCCUUGGGUUGUAUAGCUUGUAAAGGUGCACCAAAGCAAUCUGAUUUUGACUCCUUAAGAUGCAUCCGCAGUGAUAUUGUUGCCAGUGAUCAAUUUUCGGAACAAAGCAUUUGGGAUACAUCUGAUGCUAAAUUUAUGAAGGAGCCAUUUAGUUUAUGGGUUAUUGGAGAUGAGUCAGGAACCUUUAUUGUUCGCAGUGGUUUCAAGAAGCCUCCAAAGAGGCUUGCUUUAAAGAUUGCUGAUCGAGAUAUGGCUAGUGGUCCAGAUGAUAUGGUGGUUGACGCAGAAAUCAGAACAUUCUCUGCAGCCCUCUUUGAUGAUUAUGGUGGCUUGAUGGUUCCUCUAUGUAAUGUGUCUUUCAGUGGCAUAACUUUCAAUCUACAUCAAAGGUCUGACUAUCUGAAUUCCAGUGCGACCUUCUCCUUGGCCGCUAGAUCAUACAAUGAUAAGUAUGACUCUUGGGAGCCUCUUUUGGAACCAGUUGAUGGAUUAUUGAGGUAUCAGUACGACGUGAAUGCUCCUGGUGCAGCUUCGCAGCUUCGUCUUGCAUCUACUGGGGAUUUGAACUUAAAUAUAUCUGUGUGUAAUGCCAACACAAUAUUUCAGGCUUAUGCCAGCUGGAAUAAUCUGAGCAAUGUCAAGGAAUCCUACCAGGAUGCAGUCGCACCAAUUGGAGGAAGCAGGUCCAUCAUUGAUGUUCAUCACAGAAGAAAUUAUUUCAUUAUCCCACAGAAUAAACUUGGUCAGGACAUUUUCAUAAGAGCUACGGAAAUCAGGGGCCUACCUAGCAUAACUAAAAUGCCGUCUGGAGAUAGCAAACCAAUUAAAGUACCUGUUGCAAAGAAUAUGUUGGAUUCACACUUGAACGGAAGUCUUUUUGAAAAAGGCAAAUCCAUGUUGACAAUAAUAAUAGCAGAGGCAGAGUUCCAACAGGUUGAAGGCUUGUCUUCUCAUGAGUAUGCAGUAGAAGUCCGUCUUGCUCCAGAUGAGAGUCACCCUUGCCAAUCUCUGUCCACUCAACAAAGUGCACGUACUCGUGGCAAUAACUCAUAUGGUUCUAUAUCUUCUGAUGUAAUCUCAGUGAAAUGGAAUGAAGUAUUUUUCUUCAAAGUUGAUUCACCGGAUUUUUUCAUUCUGGAGCUUGUCGUGAUGGAUAUGGGAAGAGGUGAUAUUGUUGGUUAUUCAUCAGCUCCUCUAAACCAUAUAUCUAGACCCCAGGAGAAUCCAGUGUCUUACAAUAGUUCACUUGAACUCAAUUGGCUAGCAUUGUCCUCUUCGCGGUCUAUGAUGAUGACUAGUGAAGGAAAAGAAAUGAAUUCAUCAGGAAGAAUAAAAUUGGCUGUUUACUUGUCUCCUCAACUUGAAGUUGAAAAGAGUGGGAAGUCCUUUAACACUCGGACAAAAUCUGGGUUUAUCCAGAUUAGUCCUACCAGGGAGGGACCUUGGACUGCUGUGAGGCUGAAUUAUGCUGCACCUGCUGCUUGUUGGCGACUGGGAAAUACUGUUGUUGCCAGUGAAGUGAGCAUAGCUGAUGGAAAUCGAUAUGUCAAUAUUAGAUCUCUAGUUUCAGUUCGUAACUACACUGAAUUUACGCUGGAUUUACAGCUCAUGCUCAGUGCUUUAAAUGAGAAAAAAAGACCAGAUGAUGAUGAGAGAAAAAAGGUUUAUGGUGAUGAAAUUGUGACAGAUGAGUUCUUUGAGACCCAAAAAUAUAAUCGUGAUAUUGGGUGGUUUGACGUUAAUGAGGGGAGAAAUGAAGUUGAGGUUCCAUCAGGCUGGGAAUGGGUUGAUGAAUGGCAUGUAGAUAAGAAUUCUGUGAACACUGCUGAUGGAUGGGUUUAUGCUCCAGAUUUCAAUAGUUUGAAAUGGCCAGAGUCGUCCAAUCCACUAAAAUCUGUAAACUAUGCAAGACAGAGGAGGUGGCUUAGGAAUAGGCAAGGCAAGCCGAGAGAUCCCCAGGCUCAUAUUUAUGUUGGGCCUGUAAGGCCUGGUGAAGUUGUUCCCUUGCCUUUAUCUGUCCUGACCCAUUCUGGACUUUAUGCACUGCAAGUGAGGCCUUCAAACCUGGAAAAAACUGAAGAAUAUUCGUGGAGUUCUGUAAUGGACAUGUCUGGAAACACUCAGGAUCUUGGGAUGCCAGCAGAAAACUCUGGAAUAUCUGUAUCCAUUCUCAGUGAGUCUGAGAAACUCCUAUACUGCCCUGUAGUUAGUGGAACCUCAUCCAAUAGUAACCGGGGCAUGUGGUUCUGCUUGAGCAUACAAGCAACAGAGAUUGCAAAGGACAUGCACUCUGAUCCUAUUCAAGAUUGGACCCUCGUGAUCAGGCCACCACUUGCGAUUACCAAUUAUCUUCCUCUUACUGCUGAAUAUUCUGUUCUUGAGAUGCAAGUCGAUGGUCAUUUUCUCACUUGCGAUAGAGGGGUAUUCUGUCCUGGUGAAUCUGUCAAGUUUUAUAAUGCCAACAUAAGGAAUCCUCUGUACUUUUCGUUGCUUCCGCAAAGAGGAUGGUUGCCAUUACAUGAGGCUAUACUCAUAUCCCAUCCUAAGAAGGCACCUUCAAAGACAAUAAAUCUAAGAAGCUCAAUUUCUGGAAGGAUUGUUCAAGUAAUUGCUGAACAUGUGCAUACCCAUGAAAGGCCUCUGCAAGCAAAGAUCACCAAGGUCUAUGCUCCUUUCUGGCUUUCAGUUGGACGAUGUCCACCUAUUACUUUCAGGCUUAUCGAUUUGAGUGGGCGGACAACAAAGAAGAUUGCUUUCCCUUUGCUAUCUAAAAGGAAUAAUGAACUUGUCCUGGAGGAGAUCUCUGAGGAGGAAAUAUAUGAAGGAAAUACAAUUGCGCCUGUUUUAAACUUCAAGUUAUUAGGCCUUUCAGCAUCAAUUAACAUGUCUAGUGAGGAGAGUUUUGGUCCUGUUAAAGAUCUUUCUCCGUUGGGUGACAUGGAUGGCUCGCUGGAUUUCUGCGCCUACAGCGCUGAUGGAAAUUGCAUGCGGCUUUUUGUAUCAUCAAAACCUUGCCCUUAUCAAACUGUUCCAACAAAGGUUAUUACUGUUCGACCAUUUGUUACAUUUACCAAUAGACUUGGUCAAGACAUAUUUUUGAAAUUGAGCAGCGAAGAUGAGCCAAAGGUUUUGCGUGCAUCUGAUGCCAGAGUCUCAUUUAUAUAUCGCGACACGGGUGGACCUGAUGAACUCCAGGUCCGACUGGAUGAUACAAAUUGGUCAUUUCCUAUUCAAAUUGUUAAGGAGGACACAGUUCUUCUUGUCUUGAGGAGAAACGAUGGCACGCGAAGAUUUUUGAAGAUGGAAAUUCGUGGCUUUGAGGAGGGGUCACGUUUCAUAGUUGUUUUCCGCCUUGGAUCAACAAGGGGUCCAAUUAGGAUUGAGAACAGGACGAGGAGGAUGGUCAUUAGACUUCAUCAAUCUGGAUUUGGCAAUGAUGCAUGGAUCCAGCUACUGCCUCUUUCAACCACAAACUUUUCAUGGGAGAAUCCCUAUGGCCAAAAACUUAUUGAUGCUGAGAUUUAUAGUGGCGAUAGCUCUAUGGUCUGGAAAUUUGAUUUGGAGAAGUCAGGGUUCUGUUCUGAAUGUGAUGGAUCAGGCUUGCUUUUCCAUGUUAUAGAUAUGGCUGAUGUCAGGGUUGCUAGGUUUAUUGACGAGGGAGCAGCAUUAUUAAUUUCAAAAGAAGGGAACAUGUCUCUUGCAGAAGUUGGAAAUCUUGGCAGUUCUCACAUACAGAACCAGAUGCAGGAGAAUGGAUCUCCUCUAGAAAUUACAGUUGAGUUGGGUGCUAUUGGGGUUUCUUUUGUGGACCAUAGACCCAGAGAGCUAUCCUAUUUGUAUCUGGACAGAGUCUUCAUAUCCUAUUCUACGGGAUAUGAUGGUGGAACCACAAGCAGGUUUAAGCUUAUAUUGGGGUUCUUGCAGCUUGACAAUCAACUGCCUCUCACAUUGAUGCCUGUACUGCUGGCACCUGAACAAAACAUUGAUGUACAUCAUCCAGUCUUCAAGAUGACCUUUACAGUGCGCAAUGAGAACAUUGAUGGUGUCCAGGUAUACCCUUAUGUUUAUGUAAGGGUAACAGAUAAAUGCUGGAGGCUUAACAUUCAUGAGCCAAUAAUUUGGGCUUUUGUAGAUUUCUACAACAAUCUUCAACUAGAUCGCCUACCAAACAGUUCUAGUGUCAGCCAGGUUGAUCCUGAAAUACGUGUAGACUUGAUUGAUAUAUCUGAACUAAGGCUGAAGGUUUCAUUGGAGAGUGCACCUGCUCAGCGACCAGAUGGGGUUCUAGGCGUUUGGGGCCCAGUGCUGUCGGCUGUUGGAAAUGCCUUUAAAAUACAGAUCCAUUUAAGGAAAGUGAUCCGCAGAGACAGAUUUAUGAGAAAAAGCUCUGUCAUUUCUGCAGUAGGAAAUCGUAUUUGGAGAGAUUUAAUUCAUAACCCUCUGCACUUAAUAUUUUCAGUGGAUGUAUUGGGUAUGACAAGUUCAACUUUAGCCUCUCUCAGCAAAGGCUUUGCUCAACUAUCAACAGAUGGACAGUUUUUGCAGCUGCGUUCAAAGCAGGUAUGGUCAAGAAGAAUAACCGGAGUUGGUGAAGGGAUCAGGCAAGGGACUGAAGCCCUAGCACAAGGUGUUGCAUUUGGAGUUUCUGGGGUAGUGACAAGGCCUGUGGAGAGUGCUAGACAAGAUGGCCUUCUUGGCUUUGCCCAUGGGCUUGGACGAGCUGUUGUGGGAUUCGUUGCUCAACCAGUGAGUGGAGCAUUGGACUUCUUUUCAUUGACUGUCGAUGGGAUUGGUGCAAGUUGUUCUCGUUGCAUAGAAAUUCUUAGUAACAAGACCACCUUCCAUAGGAUAAGAAAUCCCCGUGCUAUUCAUGCAGACAAUAUACUUAGAGAUUACAGCGAGCGAGAAGCACUAGGUCAAGUGAUACUACAUCUUGCUGAAGAAAGCCGACAUUUUGGUUGCACUGAACUUUUUAAAGAGCCUUCUAAAUUUGCCUUGUCUGAUUAUUAUGAAAAUCACUUUAUGGUUCCCUAUCAGCGGAUUGUUUUAGUGACUAAUAAACGUGUAAUGCUCCUCCAGUGUGUGUCUGCUGAUAAGAUGGACAUGAAGCCCUGUAAAAUCAUGUGGGAUGUACCUUGGGAAGAACUCAUGGCACUUGAAUUAGCAAAAGCUGGCUACCCUAGACCUUCUCACUUGAUCAUCCAUAUCAAAAAAUUCCGAAGGUCUCAGAAGUUUGUCCGUGUAAUAAAGUGCAACACUGAAGAAGAAACUGAGGUGCCUCAAGCUGUAAGAAUCUGUUCGGUUGUGCGUAAAAUAUGGAAAGCACACCAAACUGACGUGGCAUGUCUGCAGCUGAAGGUUCCUUCAAGCCAGAGGCAUGUAUCCUUUGCUUCAAAUGAUAAUGAUGGAAGAGAUUCGUUUAGCCAGAAAAAGGCCAUAAUUGAAUCAAGGGAGCUGGCUUCCUGGGGUGCUGUCUCUGAUAGAAGAAAAUUUGUUCAACAUGCUAUCACAUUUUCCAAGGUAUGGAGCAGUGAACGAGAGUUGAAAGGUCGUUGUACAUUGUGCCGGAAGAAUGUUUCAGAAGAUGGUGGAAUCUGUAGUAUUUGGCGCCCUUCCUGUUUACCCGAUGGGUACAUCUCAAUUGGGGAUAUUACUCGUGUUGGUUGUCAUCCUCCUAAUGUUUCAGCUGUAUACCGUUAUUCUGACAAGUUGUUCGCCCUCCCAGUCGGUUAUGACCUGGUGUGGAGGAACUGCUCAGAUGACUACACCAAUCCCGUAUCAAUUUGGCAUCCUCGUGCUCCUGAGGGCUUUGUAUCUCCGGGAUGUGUUGCUGUACCUGAUUUUGCUGAGCCGGAACCAAAUGCUGCAUACUGUGUCGCAGAAACAUUGGCCGAGGAGACAGUAUUUGAAGAACAAAAGAUCUGGACAGCGCCAGAUUCAUAUCCCUGGGCAUGUCAUAUCUACCAGGUGCGCAGUGAUGCACUUCAUUUUGUUGCUCUCAGGCAGCCCAGAGAAGAAUCGGAUUGGAAGCCAAUGAGAGUUAUCGAUGACCCACAGCUUCACAUUGAGCUCUAGGAAGUUCGAUUAUAUUCCAGGUACUAACCCAAUAAACAAAGCAGCUUUCUUGAUUUUGCUUUCCCUUUUGGAGAAACGCUGGUUUGUGGCACUGCUUCCAUCAUAAUUGUAUCCAUCUUAAUUGAAAAGUUGUCUUGAGUAGUUUGUAGAGUCAGAACUGUGUAUUCAUGUACAUAAUUGUACCCUUGGGAUCACAAUGAUAUAUUACGGAUCUUCCUAAGAGGCUGCUUUCCACAAUUUUGGAAAUGAUCAUUUCGAGCAUUCAAAAGCUCCUUAGAAGCUUAUGGUUAUC